UCACCACAGCACCUAAUGGAUCGUGAGCUCAAAGUGAGGCCGACUUCAGGGACGCUCAGACUCGGCCUAGUUCGUCGUCUCCACGUACAGAGAUAACAAGAUGAUUUAUGUCAAAUCCAUUACUCCGGCCAGAUUGCGGGGAAACAUGCUUGCAUAUAUGUACCCAUGGGGCACCUGGGAUUGAUCCACUGAAGGAACGACAGAAAUUCAUCCUUGGAUUUUUGCGGAAACAUUGUUAGAGGAUCUUGCAUUCGCUACCGGCCUUCGACCACACCUUAUCUUUCCCCCCACACCUUCUCAGGAAUUCUCCCAGCUCCUUCCACAUAAUGGCCGACGCCAUAACCAGUGCCGGCGCUCAGCAAUACAACAAGGACCGCAAAGCAAACUACGCAGACUCGGAUGAUAUGGCGGACAACAACAUUUUUGGCGAAGUAACGGAUUCGCAGCGCAUCAAGAAGAUUGCUGCAGAGGGAGAUGCUCAUUUUCAUCGCCUCGGAUGGAAACGCCUUGCAGUCGUCACCAUCGUCGAAGCGAUCGCCCUCGGUGCGCUCAGCUUGCCCCAAGCCUAUGCGACACUAGGCAUGUUUCCCGGAGUCUUCCUCACCAUUACGCUCGGGUGCAUCUCAAUCUUCACGAGCUAUCUUGUCGGUCAAGUCAAGCUGAAGUACCCAGAGAUAGCCUCAUAUGCGGACGCUGGACGACUCUUGCUCGGCCGUGUCGGCUACGAAAUCUUUGGUGCUGCGCUUGUCUUGGAGCUACUGAUGGUUGUCGGUUCGCACGCCUUGACUGGAAGUAUCGCAUUGAUCAACCUAAACGGAGGACAUGUCUGCUCUAUCGUCUUCUCCGCAGUCUCCGCUGUUAUACUCCUCAUCCUAGCCAUCCCGCCUUCGUUCUCUGAAGUUGCAAUCCUGGGCUACAUCGACUUCGCGUCCAUUUUCAUCGCCAUCGGUAUCACGAUCAUCGCAACUGGCGUUCAGGCCACGGACUCUACCGGUGGUAUGUCCUCGGUGAAUUGGUCUGCCUGGCCCAAGGAUAACUUGACGUUCUCUGAAGCUUUUGUCGCUGUCAGCAACAUCAUCUUUGCCUUCAGCUUUGCGAUCGGCCAAUUCUCCUUCAUGGAUGAGAUGCACACUCCCAAGGAAUAUAUGAAGAGUAUCUGGACUUCUGGCGCCAUCCAGAUCACGAUUUACACCAUGACAGGCGCACUCUGCUACGCAUUCAUUGGCAUGGACGUGCAAUCUCCUGCUCUUCUUUCUGCAGGUCCGCUUGUGUCUAAGAUCGCCUUCGGCUUUGCUCUGCCAGUCAUUUUCAUUUCCGGAUCCAUAAACACGACUGUCGCACUUCGAUACAUCCACGGCCGCAUGUUCAAGAACUCCGUCUUGCGUUACAUCAAUACGGUUGCUGGCUGGACAUCUUGGAUCGUUCUCGUCAUCAUCUUCACCAUCAUUGCAUGGAUCAUUGCCGAAGCCAUCCCAAUCUUCUCUGAUCUCCUGUCUCUCGCAUCUGCCCUCUUCGUGUCUGGAUUCUCGUUCUGGAUCCCAGCUGUUAUGUGGUUCUGCCUGCUGAAGAAGGGCAGCUGGUAUGCCAAGGAAAACCUGAUCAUGAGUGCAGCAUGCAUGUUGGCUUUCAUUAUUGGCAUUGUCACACUCGGUGCGGGAAGUUAUGCAACCAUUGCGGACAUCAUCAAGCUUACGAGUACGGGAACUGCGCAUAGCCCGUUUACCUGUCGCUCAACGUAGGCAUCGUAGUAGUAUUUAGAAGUACAACACAUAAUUGAUUAUUUUAUGUUCAAAGAUUCACUAAAC